CAACGCGUUGUGCUGCGCUUGUGUCUGAACUUAUUUCUCAGUUCUUUUUUUUUGUGUGUUCCUUUUUCUCGGUGUUGUUGUUGAGCCGUAAUAAAUGUCAAACAUAUAUAUACUGAAGUCAAUGUCUGCAGCAAAUUUUUUUUUUAUCAUUUUGUUUUAAAGAAGGUUGGAAAAAACGUUGACGAUUACAAAAAAAAUUGCAGCAGAACCGUACCAAACCAACCAAAAGCCAAAACAAAACAUUUACAUUAUUCACAAAUGGUGGUUUGAAAUUGUGCGAUAAAUAGAGAAAAAUAAAUCACAUAAGGAUCCAAACGAUACAUUAAGAGCGAUUUUGAGAGAAAGAUGUUUUCAUUACGUUUAAAGUGAGUUUUGAUGUAUUUGUUUUGUUUAAGUAAAAUCGAGUAAAAUCGUGUGAAAUCACAUGAAUUUAUUGGUUCCAUAAACUUGCGUGCGUACGAGUUCUAUUCGAUAUUAGGAUAUCGAUUCAAUUGCAAUGUUUUCAAACGGUCUUCCGUGCAAUUUACCAUUCCCGAGCUGCUUAGGUAUGCCGAAAGAUAGUGGAAGCGAUGAAUUACUACCGAGAAGUAUGGGCAAUCGGGAACCUGUUAUUCUAAAUGUUUACGAUAUGUAUUGGAUCAACGACUACAGUAGUAGUCUUGGAAUUGGCGUCUUUCAUUCAGGUGUAGAAAUUUAUGGCUGCGAAUUUGCUUAUGGUGGCCAUCCCUUUGCAUUUACUGGCGUAUUUGAAAUAUCUCCGCGUGACGACAAUGAGCUCGGCGAUCAAUUUCGUUUUAGACAAAGUAUUCAAAUCGGCUGUACAGACUUCAACGAAGUAGAAGUUCGACGUAUUAUAGAAGAAAUUGGUAAUCAGUUUCGUGGCGAUCGAUAUCACCUAAUGAACAACAAUUGCAACCAUUUCUCUAGUUCGUUAACACAGAUUUUAUGUGGCCAAGAGAUUCCUGGUUGGGUAAAUCGUUUGGCACAUUUUAGCUCGUGUGUGCCAUUUCUUCAGCGCUGUUUACCAAAAGAAUGGUUAACACCCAAUGCCUUAUCAAUAGCAAUCCAAAAUCAGGAGCGCGACUCAGAUACGAGUCCAUUAUGAGAUUCGGCCAAUAACACAUCCUAACCAUAAAGAAGUGUAUUUAUUUAAAACAAACAAAAAAUGAAUGAGAAACAAAAAUGGAUGACAAAAACUAAGCAUUGGAUUGUCGAUUUCGACAAACAUCGGUGAUCGCUUCUUCAAAUUUAAAACUAAGCUAAAAACAACAACUACAAGACCAUACCACUCAUUUGUAAAAAGGGAAAAUCAUUUUCUUUCUUAUAGCCUAUAUCACUAAAAAUGUCAAUGAAAAAUCGAAAAAAAAAAUCGGAAACAAAACCAAAUAUUUGAGUCAUGAAAAGUCAAAACGAAGGGAACGUGAACGGUUUUUAGUUGUGUAUAAUACAGUGCUUGUGAUUCGAGUCAGGAAAUGAUAGAGGCGGGCAAAAGAAAAAUAAUAACGUUUUAUUGUUGUGCAUUGAUUGUUGAUUUGGUCAGUUCGAUUUUCCUGAUUCGAAUGCAACGUAGUCACUCUUUGAAAUUUGUGUGUUGUUUUUUUUUUCACUUUUGAAAAUGAAUGAAAACCGUUGCACAGCCAGUCAUUCAUUUGUAACAUUUUAUUUUUUAUUUCGAAAUGAUAGUGUCUUAGUUUGAGCUCUCAAAUCCGGUCUAAUGUUUAUUUUGAUUUAGCGUAUUUUUGUAAAACGGCUUCGAUAUUAGUAUCUCUCUCUAUAUAUAUUUUGUAUUUAGUUUGCCCAUUUUGAUUUAUAUUUUAAUAAUAUCGAUAUGUUUCGAUUUUUGCGGUGAAAUCUAGAGCAUUUGUACUGUAUUUUAUGUUAAAGUGUGAAUCACCAAAUUCGGUUCACGGGUUUUUUUUCGUUCAUAUAUUUUCAGUUCAACUCAUCACGAAAAAUGUACAAUUUUGACAUGAACAAAACGAAAACACACAGAUGGCGAGUGAUGAAGAUGAUUGAUGAGAAAACAAUAAGAAAAAUGAACAGUAAAGACGUAUAUCUGAUUGCACUGAGAAUGAUAGAGAUAUUUAAAUCAUUUUUUUUUAAAACAUUUUUGAACGUUGAUUAUAAAAACAACACAAUACGUUGAAUACAACAAAGUCUUAAGAAUAAAUCUGAUCUAUAUAGAUAUAAAUAUAUUAUUAAAAAAGAAAAUACAUCGAUUGAACCGAUCUAAACUGAAUGCCAAGUACAAUUUAAAAUACAUUCUCCUACAAAAACCAAACAACAUCCUAAAACAAAAACACACACACACAAACAUUUGAUGCAAUUGAAAUUUAUCUGAUAAACAAAUGUUCACAUCGAAGAUCGCAAUGCUACUAGAGGUUAAAAAAAACUAAACAACAAAUUGAAUACUAGUUUUUGAAUAUUAAUAAUAAUUAUUAUGAUAAUACUAAUAAAAAUUGAAUGAUGAAGAUAGCGCUCCGGAUUUCAAUCGUACUAUUACUUCUGAUCCGUCUCUAAUAAUGCUGAAUUUUUAACAAUUGAUUUUGAUAAACAAAAAAAAAAAAAUACAACCAAACCAUCAUUUUCUUAAAUGUGUCCAUAUAUUUUAAUUAACAAAUCGAUUAGAACCAUUUUCACUUUGCUAUUGAUUACACCCUACAUAUCAGAGAGACGAACUUAAAAAAAAAAA